UUCUUCCGGGUGGGAGGACUUUAAACUCCUGCGUCGUUUUCUUGUCCCAUUGACGGGAGGAGCAGUCCCCUGCAGGGCGGGCCAGGCCAGCAGUCACACACACUGCUCCACAAAGAUCCUCGUUUCUCAGACUCGCAGCAGGAAUUCAUUGAUCAGCGGUCCGGAUCAGAACCAGAUGAACUCAGGAGCAACAUGUGGCCGUUUCUGGGACUGUUAAUGGUGUCGGUGGUCUCAGGCUGUGACCCCUCAACUACUGUCUAUGGCUUCCUAAAUGAAAGUGUACUUUUGCCCUGUAAUUGCUCGUUUGUCAAUUCAGAACUGCAUUUCCAUUGGCAGAAAGAAGAGAAAAAUGCUCAAGCAAUAAUUUAUUAUAAAGGGCAUCCAAACAUUACUGACAAAUACAUGAACAGACUCACGUUAUUUCAAGAGGAGAAGACCAACUGUUCAAUUCAGCUUGACGACCUCACAGUGGACGACAAAGGCCAAUACCGAUGUAGUGAUAUGAGCAGUGGAUACGAUUGUUCAUUUGUACAUCUUGUAACACUUGAGCGAUUCAUCCAGCACCCUCCCGUCACCGGUCCUGGAGGUCAAAAGCUUUUCAAGUGCGAUGUCUUCACACAUGACCCAGACUUUGAGAUUCAGUGGUAUUUGAGUGGAGAGCUUCUCAGCAAUUCACCCAACACCACCAUAUCCACCAUCAGCACCUCAAACGCUUUCCCUGGAAUCCACCUUUUCAACAGCACGCUCACCACCACGGCCAGCUGGACACCACAGCCUCGAUGUGUCCCACCUGUGGCUCCUCCUAAACGAGGUUCGAUCAUUCACCCAGCUCCACCAUCGACCCCCAGUCCCCCACCUCAUCGGCGCAGGAUGUGGUUUAUCGUCCCGAUCGGGUUGGCGGUUGCACUUUGCCUGUCUUUUUAUCAUCGUCGGAAAAUUGCGCGGCAGGAAAUGCAGUACAGGAGAGCCGCCCCUCUGGAGAGCAUCUCAGCUGACAGUGGACGCUCCUUUGCAGCUAGAUGAUCACGUCUGUCACCUGGUGCCUAAAAGAACGGUCCAUGGCAGGUUAUGUCAUGUCUCUCCACUUGUGGAGAUCAUUUUUGAGGAGACUCCCGUCUGUGAAGUUUCUUCUUUUUCCCAGUUCAACAAGCAAAUUCUCACUGUGAAAAGCUACUUCUCAAGUGCAAUCAAUAAAAUACGAGCAGGACAUUAUUCUUAUAAAAUGUCGAACAGAUUCUUGAUAUUUACAUAGAUUUAUAGCGGUUUUUGAAUCUGGAGAAAGGGAUUAGAAUCAAUGCAAAAGGUGUUCACAGUGAAAUGUAAUGUGCCUGAAUUCAGAAGCCUUUGUAGACGUUGCUGUAAACUCCUUUCACUCGUACAAUCAGUGCUUUCACUUUAUUGCAUUCCAAACAUUAUAUGGCCGCUCUAAAUGUAGCUCCAACCUGUCGCAAUAAAGGAAAACACUGGUCAUGGAUGGAGACUCCAGCAUGGAGAGGUUUGUUCCAAGCGAGCAUGUCUUGGAAUAAAGAGUCUAAUACUCUUAGAAAAGGAGAUAAUUACAGACAUCAGUGCAAAUUACAAACGACAAAUGGAGAACAGUCUGUUCUUAAUUGAACGCCGGGUCACGGUGCCAGAAUAACAUCUUGUCAGUGUUGGUGAUGUGCUGUCCGUUUUUUACUUUGGUCUGGUCCAAGAAAAUCUAAAGCUGGGAACAUUUACACCAAUAUGAUACUGGUAUCGUGGAUGGAUUUAAAUUUAUUAUGACAGAGGAACAACAAAGAGAUGGUAUCUAUUAAUUUACACUUGUUCAAUUUCAGAACCAUUUUUGUCAGCAUAUUUUAUAUCACACACAUUUUUUUUUACUUACUAUUCAAUGCAGUUUUGUACUAUUUUUCAUGAUUAUUUUCUGUCAGAACGGAACUUUUGCUGUGAAAAUCUUUUGUGUUUUGAUGAUUUCAUGAAAAAUUCAGAUUCUUUGCACACUCGAGGCAUCAGAGCCUAAAACUCUUCUGCCUGGAAAGGCACUUUCUCUGGAGACGAGUAAAGCUACUUCCACUCCUUUUCCCCAAUCUGUGACACCACGUUUAUCCAGUGUCCCCAGCACGAGUUAGUAGCAGGAGAAAAGGGUUUCAUUUGUUUUGCCACAUAUUUCUCUGACACUUGAAAUGAGCUUUUCUUGCAGUUGGUGUUUAAAAUGGCUUUGGUGCAAAUUGUUUGUAUUCAAGUAUUUUGUGUGUUCCUUUCUCUGUUAUGACUUAAUGAUUACUACUACUGUAAUGUAAUCUGAAAAUGUUUUAUGAGUUGUGUUUGUCAUUCUCUAUGUAAAUUUCAUCACAGGGAUCAUUGUCAGGGCUGCAAAAAGCACCAUUCUCACGACAGCACUGAGAAAAAGCACAUCCAGGGGAUUAUUGACAGUUAUGGUAGCUAAUUCAGGAAUUAUAUGUCUAAUGCUGGAAGUCGAUUACUGUUGAUCACAUUUUACUUGAAUGACAUGACAGGCAGCGACAGUGUACAGUGUGUGAAUGAGUCCUGAGCUCUGUGUGUUCAAAUGUGAUUCUGAAAGACAGCACUGCUGUUUUACUAGACUUGAUUCGCCUUCUGAUAUAAAAUCAGAGCUCGUUGAGCCAGGACAUUCUGUUGAAGAUAGAAAAUGUUUGUGAUGUUGUUGAAAACAUGUUCUGGAUGGCUUGCCCAUCACAGAUCAGUCAGUAUGGAUGAAAGAAACAGCAUGUAAGCUGGGAAGGGGUUUAUUCUUGAAAUGUUUUGUAUAGCUGUGUUGUUGUCUUUAAUUCUUUUUAUUUGUUGCACUGUUUUCACUUUUAUAAACUGUUUUAUGUACCACACACCAGUUUGAAAUUGAGAGUUUUUUGUCUUUAGCUACUGAAAAUGUGAAAACUUUAGGGUUUUUUUUUUUUCUUAUUUUGGGAGACAAAACCAAUCAUUCAAAACACAUAAAAAAAAAAAAACAUUCAAAAAGUGUGUCUCCAUAUUUCUGUGUUGAACAAUAUGAAUUAAAAAUUUCGGUUUACAGUUGUAUGUAAUUGUGGAUUAUAAUUGUGAUCACGUUCUAAUAAAACAAAAAAUUAUAAAUCUGUAUUCUA